AUGGCAUCGGACGGGAAACAUUUCAGCUCGCACAACGUGCGCUGCUGCACACUCAUCGGCCACGUCGAUCAUGGCAAGUCCUCCUUCGCCGACUCGUUGCUCGCCGCCAACAACAUCAUUUCAGCGCGUAUGGCCGGUCAGAUUCGCUAUCUCGAUUCAAGAGAGGAUGAACAGGAACGAGGCAUCACCAUGGAAGCAUCUGCCGUGUCGCUUUCCGUGAAAAUGCGUGUCCACGACCCUACAAAGGGCUGGGAUCCGGACAACCUCCCGCCGAUUCAGGACUUUAUGAUCAACCUCAUCGACACUCCGGGACACGUCGACUUCUCGUCCGAGGUAUCCACGGCUUCGAGAUUGUGCGAUGGUGCGCUUCUUAUCGUCGAUGUAGUCGAGGGAGUCUGCGCGCAGACCGUCACGGUGCUGCGUCAAGCGUGGCAGGACGGUCUGGAGCCCAUCUUGGUCAUCAACAAGGUCGAUCGACUCAUCACCGAACUCAAGCUCUCGCCCAACGAAGCGUAUCACCACCUCAUACAAGUCAUCGAACAGGUCAAUGCCGUCGUAGGAUCAUUCUUCGCUUCGGCGCGUAUGGACGACGACGAGCGUUGGCACGAAGAACGAGAGAAACGCAUCGCAGCCCGCAGACAAGCUAAGAACGACUCGAUCGCUGCUUCCACCGCCAAUGAUACCGACGCUGCCGACGACGACGCUCAGGAUCAGGAUCGCGAAGAGAGAGACGACGAAGAUAUCUACUUCGACCCCUCCAAAGGCAACGUCAUCUUCGCCUCAGCCAUGGACAACUGGGCCUUCCGUCUCGAACGCUUCGCCAUGCUCUACGCCAAAAAGAUGGGCAUUCAGGAGUCAAAAUUGCGCAAGGUGCUGUGGGGCGACUUUUACUUUGACCCCAAAACCAAGCGUGUGCUCAGUCAAAAGCAAAAGGAGAAGGAGAAGCGUCCACUCAAACCCAUGUUUGUUCAAUUUGUUCUCGAAAACAUCUGGUCCGUCUACGACGCCGUCGUGGAGAACAGAGACCAGGACAAGAUCGAAAAGAUCGUAUCUUCUCUCAACCUCAAGGUGCAUCCCCGCGACCUCAAGUCCAAAGAUGCACCCACACUCAUCAAGGCUAUUGUCAGCCAAUGGCUGCCGCUCGCAAGCUGUGCAUUCGCUGCGAUCAUCUAUGUCAUCCCGGCAACGAGCAAAGCACAGGCAAAGAGGAUCCCGAUGAUGCUUAAUCCAGACAUGAGCUACUUCGACCGAGGCAACUACAAAGCAAAGACGACGUUGGAGGAGCAUUUGAUGAAUGCCGAGAUCGGACCCAAGUCGAAUCGCGUAGCAUACGUCAGCAAGAUGUUCGCGGUCAAGAAGCAUGACUUGCCGGAGGCGAAGAAGGCGCCUCUGACUGCAGAGCAGAUGAGAGAGCGCGCAAAGGAGAGCAGGGAGCGUCAGAACGCGGUGAGGGCCGCUUUGGCUGCUACAGGUGCUUCCAUGGAAGGUGCUUCCGAUGAGAAGCCCGCGGAGGCCAACGGAACGAGUCUCGAGGAGGCCGAGGCACAGCGCGCUGCUCGAGCUCAGCGUGAGGCGGAAGCACAAGCAGAAAAGGACGCGCAGAAGGCCGACGAGGAGGACGAGGAGCAAGGAUCGGACGAAGUCGUGCUCGGCUUCGCCCGUCUCUAUUCCGGCACACUCCGCGUCGGUCAGUGGAUGUACGCGCUCCUACCCAAGUACAACACCUCACUCCCGCCGUCCCACGCUGCGAACGUCAAGCACAUCAAGGCGAUCCCGCUCGAAGCGCUCUACAUGAUCAUGGGUCGCGACCUCGUAGCUGUCAACGAGGUUCCCGCUGGCAACGUCUUUGCCAUCCGCGGAAUGGAAGGUCGUGUCCUGCGAAACGCCACGCUCUGCUCCCCCUCCCUCGUCCAGUCCUACCCUAUUGAGCGUCACACCGACCCGACAUCGAUCGAUGCCACCAUGGCUUCCAACACGUUCGUCAAUCUGGCAGGCAUCAACAUGCUCUCCGCGCCCAUCGUUCGCGUCGCACUCGAACCGACGAAUCCGCAGGACAUGCCGAAACUCGUCGAGGGACUCAAGCUGCUCAACCAGGCAGAUCCAUGCGUCGAGUCGCUGGUGCAGGAUACGGGAGAGCACGUCAUCCUCACAGCGGGCGAGUUGCACCUCGAACGUUGCUUGAAGGAUCUGAGAGAACGAUUUGCGAAAUGCGAAAUUCAGGUCAGUCCGCCGCUGGUGCCGUUCAGAGAGACGUGCGUUAGGGCUCCCGAGAUGCCGCCCCCGAAGAUCGAGGGUGCAGCUCGUGGAACGGCCGAGGGGAGUGUUGCCAAUGGAGUGGUUUCGUAUCGUGUUCGAGCGGUUCCGCUGCCGAAACCAGUGGUGGAGUUCCUGCUGGCAAACACGCAGACGCUUCGACGGCUGCAGAACAAGAGUGCCUCUGGUGUAGCGGAGGAGGACGUAGAUUCGGGGUCGGUGGAUGCGGCUGGGUCGCAGGCGAGCAAGACGGUGAGGACGGACAAGUUUUGGACUGCGUUGGAGAGUGUAUUGGAGAAAUGUGGGCAGGAUCGAACGGGUGAAGAUUGGCGCGAGGUUGUGGAGAGGAUUGUGUCGUUUGGUCCGAGGAGGGUGGGUGCGAAUGUGCUGGUGGAUCGAACGACGGGGGGAAGUGGAAGGAGCUCGUUGAGGAAUCGGACGGAUCCCUCGCGUGCGUUGACGAGGCAGUCUUCGGGAUUGGCUACGCCGUCGUCGCAUGCGGCCAACGGGAACGAAGCGGACAAGCUCACGGAUGCAUUGCACAAGAUCUCGCUGGAGGAAGGUGAGCAGCAGCGGACGACGAUCAAUUCUGCCGCUCUGAACGAGAGUCUCGAUUCAGGUUUCCAGAUGGCGACAUCCUCCGGUCCGCUCUGCGCCGAGCCCAUGCAAGGUCUCGCCUUCUUCCUCGAAUCCAUCACUCUCACUCCCACCUCUUCCACCACUCUCUCCUCCGUCACGGGCCCUCUUAUGUCGACCUUCCGCGAAAGCUGCAAAUCCGGCCUUCUCGACUGGUCACCCCGCCUCAUGCUCGCCAUGUACAGCUGCGACAUCCAAGCCUCCACCGAAGUCCUCGGAAAAGUCCACGCCGUCCUCUCCAAACGUCGCGGCAAGAUCAUCAGCGAAGAGAUGAAGGAAGGCACCUCGUUCUUCACCGUCGGCUCGCUGCUACCCGUGGUGGAGAGCUUCGGCUUCGCAGACGAGAUCAGGAAGAGGACCAGCGGCGCUGCUAGUCCCCAGCUCAUCUUCAAAGGCUUUGAGCUCUUCGAUCUCGAUCCCUUCUGGGUUCCAAGGACGGAGGAGGAGUUGGAGGAUCUCGGAGAAAAGGGCGAUAGGGAAAAUGUGGCGAAAAGAUACAUGGAUGGGGUGAGGAAGAGGAAGGGUUUGUUCGUCACGCAGAGGAUCGUGGAGAAUGCCGAGAAGCAGAGGACGCUGAAGUCGAAUUGA